UCUGAGGUCACGGAGAGGCGGGAUCGCGGUUGAGAAGACUAGGGAGGUCCUUGCCCUCAUGGCUUCCUGAUUCCAGAGGCUUUUAAACUUGGGCAGCGUUGCGGGAAGAAGGUUGUGCCGUUCCCCGGCGGUGAGGGAUGAGGCCCGGAGCUGAAACACGAGGAACCUGUUCACCGAGUCGGACGCCGUGUGCGUGACCCCAAGCCGGCUUGGGUUUGCCUUCUUCCUCGGGCACCUCCGUGCGCCCUUGCGGCUCUCGCCGACUUCCUUUGUGAAGGGUGUCCUGGGAGCGCAGGCCGUGCUCUCCCGUGACCUCGGAAUCUUUCCAAGGUCCAGGACCCUGCAGAUGUCACGGUGAUCCCUCCAGGGCCAGGCUGCCCUCUCAGGACAGAGAAAUGGAGGCAAAUGACCAUUUUAAUUUUACUGGCCUUCCCCCUGCAUCUGCUGCCUCAGGACUGAAACCCUCUCCUUCAGGGGAGGGCCUCUACACUAACGGGUCUCCCAUGAACUUCCCCCAGCAAGGGAAAAGUUUGAAUGGGGAUGUGAAUGUUAAUGGCUUAUCUACUGUAUCUCACACUACUACUUCAGGGAUUUUGAACUCUGCUUCCCACUCCUCCAGCACCUCACACCUCCAUCACCCCAACGUGGCCUACGACUGUCUCUGGAACUAUCCACAAUACCCAUCUGCCAAUCCUGGCGGCAACCUCAAGGACCCACCCCUUCUCUCUCAGUUUUCUGGGGGACAGUAUCCACUCAACGGCAUCCUUGGAGGCAGCCGACAACCUUCAUCCCCAAGUCACAACACUAACCUUCGGGCUGGGAGCCAAGAGUUCUGGGCCAAUGGUACCCAGAGUCCCAUGGGGCUUAACUUCGACUCACAGGAACUGUAUGAUUCCUUUCCUGACCAGAAUUUUGAGGUGAUACCCAAUGGACCCCCUAGUUUUUUCACCUCCCCACAGUCUUCUCCUAUGUUGGGAUCCAGCACCCAGACCUUUGCCCCCUCCCAGGAGGUAGGCAGUGGUAUCCAUCCUGAUGAGACGGGAGAAAAGGAGCUGACUUCAGUGGUGGCAGAAAACGGCACUGGCUUGGUAGGCAGCCUGGAGCUGGAACAGGAGCAGUCAGAACUGAAGAUGUGUGGCUAUAAUGGCUCCAUCCCCUCUGUGGACUCAUUGCACCAAAAUGUCUCUGUCCUGGUCCCUGACCCUUCUGUGAGCUGCUUAGAUGAUCCUUCACACCUUCCUGACCAACUGGAAGACACUCCAAUCCUCAGUGAAGAUUCAUUGGAGCCCUUCAACUCUCUAGCACCAGAGCCAGUGAGUGGAGGACUCUAUGGUAUAGAUGAUACCGAGCUGAUGGGUGAAGAGGAUAAGCUGCCUCUGGGGGACAGCUCUGUCAUCUCUGAUCUUAAUUGCCCUUCACUCAAUAACACCACUGCCUUCAGUCUCCUGGCAGAUGAUAGUCAAACUUCAGCAUCUAUCUUUGCCAGCCCAACCUCUCCACCUGUCUUGGGGGAGUCUGUCCUGCAAGAUAACAGCUUUGAUCUGAAUAAUGGUAGUGAUACAGAACAGGAAGAAAUGGAGACUCAGGCUUCUGACUUCCCGCCACCCCUGACCCAGACAGCCUCUGACCAGCCAUCCACUAUUCACCUACACCCAGCAACCUCAGCAGCAGCAUCACCAACAGAGUCCCUGGGAAUUUCUCCGGAAGCCUCUCCAGCAGCUUCCACAGAAAUCUCCCCAAUUGUCUCCCCAGCUGCUUUUCCAACAGCCUCUCCAACUUCCUCAGCAACCCUCCCAGCAGUUUUCUCAGAAGUCUCCCUGACUACCUCCCCAGUGACCUCCCUGAAAGCGUCCCCUGCAGCUUCUCCAGCAGCCACCUUCCCGACAGUCUCCCCAACAAAUGAGGAGGUGAACAGCUUCCCUGAGACCACUGCUGAUCUGGAAGAUAACACUGGAGACGGAGUCACUGCUGGCAGUGGUGAUGUUCUAAGGAGACGGAUUGCUACUGCAGAAGAAGUUCGCCUUCCCCUCCAGCAUGGGUGGCGGAGAGAGGUGCGCAUCAAGAAAGGCAGCCACCGAUGGCAGGGAGAGACCUGGUAUUAUGGCCCCUGUGGGAAGAGGAUGAAACAGUUCCCGGAAGUGAUUAAGUACCUGAGCCGAAACGUAGUGCACAACGUGCGUCGUGAGCACUUCAGCUUCAGUCCCCGAAUGCCUAUUGGAGAUUUCUUUGAAGAGAGAGACACACCAGAGGGUGUGCAGUGGGUACAGCUCUCAGCAGAGGAAAUCCCAUCCAGGAUUCAAGCAAUUACUGGCAAACGGGGCCGACCUCGAAACACCGAGAAGGCCAAGGCCAAGGAGGUCACCAAGGUGAAGCGGGGCCGAGGUCGGCCCCCCAAGGUCAAAGUCACUGAGCUAGUGAGUAAGACAGACAACCGCCUCCUGAAAAAAGCAGAGGCCCAAGAAUCACUGAAUGAAGAUGAUAAAGCAAAAAUAAGUAAAAUUAAAAAGAAGAUAAAGCGGAAGAUCCAACGAGGAGAAUGUCAGACUCCUAACCAAGGGCAGGCCCGAAACAAACGGAAACAAGAGACCAAGAGCGUAAAGCAGAAGGAAACUAAGAAAAAAUCCAAGGCUGAGAAGGAGAAGGUUAAAACAAAGCAGGAAAAAUUGAAGGAAAAAGUCAAGAGAGAAAAGAAGGAGAAGGUGAAAAUGAAGGAAAAGGAGGGACUGGCCAAAGCCAAGCCCGCCUGUAAAGCAGACAAGACGCUGGCCACCCAGAGGCGCUUGGAGGAGCGGCAGAGGCAACAGAUGAUCUUGGAGGAGAUGAAGAAGCCCACCGAGGAUAUGUGUCUGACUGACCACCAGCCUCUGCCGGACUUCACUCGCAUUCCUGGUCUGAUACUGCCCAGUGGAAUCUUUUCCGACUGCUUGACCAUUGUGGAGUUUCUGCACAGUUUCGGCAAGGUGCUGGGCUUUGAUCCUGCUAAAGAUGUGCCUAGCCUGGGGGUCCUGCAGGAGGGACUGUUGUGUCAAGGUGACAGCUUGGGCGAGGUGCAGGACCUGCUGAUGCGGCUCCUGAAGGCUGCACUCUAUGAUCCUGGCUUGCCCUCCUACUGUCAGUCCUUAAAGAUCCUGGGGGAGAAGGUGUCGGAGAUCCCACUGACGAGAGACAAUGUGUCUGAGAUCCUGCGCUGCUUUCUUAUGGCAUAUGGAGUGGAGCCAGCCUUCUGUGACAGCCUGCGCACCCAGCCUUUUCAGGCCCAGCCACCCCAACAGAAGGCUGCUGUCCUGGCCUUCCUUGUACAUGAGCUCAAUGGCUCCACCCUUAUCAUCAAUGAAAUUGACAAGACCCUGGAGAGUAUGUCCAGCUACAGGAAAAAUAAGUGGAUUGUUGAAGGCCGGCUCCGGAGAUUGAAAACUGCUCUGGCCAAGCGAACUGGGCGGCCUGAAGUAGAGAUGCAAGGGCCAGACGAAGGUCUGGGGCGGAGGCGAAGUUCUCGCAUCAUGGAGGAGACCAGUGGCAUGGAGGAGGAGGAAGAGGAAGAGACUAUUGCAUCUGGCCGUGGCCGGAGGGGUCGAAGAGAUGGAGAGGUUGAUAUCCCAGCCUCCAGCAUCCCAGAACUAGAGCGCCAGAUAGAAAAACUCAGCAAGCGCCAGUUCUUCUUUCGCAAAAAGCUGCUUCACUCAUCCCAAAUGCUUCGGGCUGUCUCCUUGGGUCAGGACCGCUACAGACGCCGCUACUGGGUGCUUCCAUAUUUGGCCGGGAUCUUUGUGGAAGGAACAGAGGGGAAUUUAGUUCCUGAGGAUGUGGUAAAGCAGGAACCUAACUCCUUAAAGAUGGCAGCCCAUCCAGCACCUAACUCAACCCUCCUUGUAAAGCAGGAGCUAGCUGAUUCCAGUGCCCCUGCUGCUUCACCUGUCCGGGCUCGAGGCCGACCUCGAAAAACUAAGCCUGGUUUUGUGCGACCUAGGCACCUUACAUCUCCCAUCAAGAGUCAAGAUUCAGAACAUCCUGAGGCCCAGCUCCAUCCUGAAUUUCAGUCCCAACCCCAACCCCAGCCUUCACCUCCACUCCAACCCCAACUCCACCUUGAGCCCCAACCCCUGCCUUCACCCCAAACCCAACCCCACCUCCAGUCCCAUAAUGGGUUCCUGGAGCCAGAAGGCUCCCCAUUGUCUCUGGGUCAGAGCCAGCAUGACCUCAGCCAGUCAGCUUUCCUGUCCUGGCUGAGCCAGACUCAGAGUCAUGGCUCCCUGUUGAGCAGCUCCGUCCUCACACCAGAUAGCAGCCCAGGAAAACUGGACCCAGCCCCAUCACAGGCCAUGGAGGAGCCAGAGCCGGAUGAAGCAGAAUCCAGCCCUGAUCCUCAGACUCCCUGGCUUAACUUCUCAUCCCAGGUACCCUGCAAUGCUGCUCCAACACCACCCCCUGCAGUUUCUGAGGACCAGUCUACUCCUUCCCCUCAGCUUCCUGUCACCUCCAAGCCAGUGAUUAGACCCAGUGCUGCCAAUUCCCGUUCUCCACUGCAGUUUUGUUCUACCCCCUUCCCUGUGGCAGUCCCCAAGAGGCGAGCAGGAGAUCCUGGAGAAAUGCUACAGAGUCUCACAGGCUUGGGUCAGCCAAAACGGAGAGGCAGACCACCCAGUAAGUUCUUCAAACAGAUGGAGCAGCGUUACCUCACCCAGCUGACAGCCCAGCCUGUGCCCCCUGAGAUGCACUCUGGCUGGUGGUGGAUCCGAGAUCUAGAGACGCUGGAUGCCACCCUCAAGGCUCUGCACCUCCGAGGCAUCCGGGAGAAAGCACUUCACAAACACCUUAGCAAGCACAGGGACUUCUUGCAGGAAGUUUGUCUACGGCCCUCAGCUGACCCCAUCUUUGAGCCCAGUCAGCUACCUGCCUUUGAAGAAGAGCUGCUGAGCUGGUCCUCCAGAGAGAAGACAUAUGAGACGGACUUGGCUGUGCUUCAGUGGGUUGAGGAGCUGGAACAGCGGGUUAUCCUUUCUGAUCUGCAGAUACGGGGCUGGUCCUGUCCCAGCCCAGACUCUACCCGUGAAGACUUGGCCUACUCCGAGCAUCUGACCGACUCCCAGGAGGACAUCACCUGGCGAGGGCGGGCCAGGGAAGGCUUGGCACCACAGCGGAAAACUACCAACCCUCUGGAUCUGGCUGUGAUGCGAUUGGCUACCCUGGAGCAGAAUGUGGAGCGGCGGUACCUCCGGGAGCCCCUGUGGCCAGCCCACGAGGUGGUGCUGGAGAAGGCCCUGCUCAGUACACCCAAUGGUGCUCCCCAGUGCACCGCCACAGAGAUAUCAUAUGAGAUUACACCUCGCAUCCGUGCCUGGCGCCAGACCCUUGAGCGGUGCCGGAGUGCAGCCCAGGUGUGUUUGUGCUUGGGUCAGCUGGAAAAGUCCAUUGCCUGGGAGAAAUCGGUCAACAAAGUGACCUGUCUAGUCUGCCGGAAGGGUGACAACGAUGAGUUUCUUCUGCUUUGUGAUGGCUGUGACCGUGGCUGCCACAUUUACUGCCAUCGGCCCAAGAUGGAGGCUGUCCCAGAAGGAGACUGGUUCUGUACUGUCUGUCUGACCCAGCAGGCAGAGGGAGAAUUCACUCAGCAGCCUGGUUUCCCAAAGCGAGGCCAGAAACGGAAAAGUGGCUGCAUGUUGGACUUGGGGGAGGGUGAUGGCCGUCGCCGCCGAGUGCCGUCACGGGGCCCAGAAGGCCUCGCUGCCCCUCGGUAUUCAGAGGAGGGCCUGUCCAUCUCCAAGCGGCGGCGACUGUCCAUGCGGAACCACCACAGCGAUCUCACAUUUUGCGAGAUUAUCCUCAUGGAGAUGGAGUCCCAUGAUGCAGCGUGGCCUUUCCUGGAGCCUGUGAACCCACGGUUGGUGAGUGGGUACCGGCGCAUCAUCAAAAACCCCAUGGAUUUCUCCACCAUGCGCGAGCGACUGCUGCGGGGCGGGUAUACCAGCUCCGAGGAGUUUGCAGCUGAUGCCCUCCUGAUCUUCGACAACUGCCAGACCUUCAACGAGGAUGACUCUGAAGUGGGCAAGGCUGGACACAUCAUGCGCCGCUUCUUUGAGAGCCGCUGGGAGGAGUUUUAUCAGGGAAAACAGGCCAAUCUGUGAGGCGGGGGAGGUGGGGAUUUGCUCCUUCCUCAAAAACAUGGAAACCUGCCGUUCUUACCUGCUGAGGCUGCUCUGGGGCCAGACUCGAGAGUCCGAUAAGCUGUGAUUUUUGACCUGACCCUUGGCAGCGUACCCCACCCCCAUCCUCUUACCCCCACUUGCCCUCCCCCUUCCUCCUCUUGUUCCUCAAAUAAGAGGGGCAGAGAUGAGGUCCUUCUGGACUGAAAGCCAAAAAGAAAAAAAUAAGAAAAAAAUAGAUUUUCCCUUCUGUUUUAUUUCCUGAUUAAAAAUUUGGAGGGGGAAAGAUGUUCUUGCUUCCUCUUCCCAGCUUCCUCCCUCCUCCCUCUAUGUGCCCCAGCAUCCUGGGGCGAUUUAACAAUAGCAAUAGUUCUAGUGAAUGUGUGAAACCGAGAAACACUCUGUACUGUGCGCGGACCCGCAGUGACGGCCAGUAAAGUGGACUUAAACUCCCAAGUGUGUCGAGCCGGACACCGGGCCCUGGACAUGCUGCUUCCAUGUUCAGUCCCUCUUCUGCUUUCUCUCAUUGCUGCCCCUCUCCCUCCCCAUCUUUCAGAGUUUUCUUCAUCCAAUAAUGUAAAACUUAUCGUGUACGGGUUCCUCUCUCCUUCGCUCUCCCCCCCCCCCCCCUUUAGAAUAGGGGGGAAACAAAUUUAGUGGUCCCUGUCUUUUUCUCUGUCCCUAUCUUCCUGCCUGUUAGCUUAUCCCCCAACAAUGUCUGAUGCUUCUCACAUGCUGAGUCUCCAGCCUUUUCUGAGACUCAGUGGCUGGGAGAGGCAGGGAGGCGGCAUCUCAAGCCUCCCAGCCCACUUCCCACUUUAUUACCCAAACCUCCCUCUUGGGAACUCCUCAGGGACAACUACUGCUGAGUUUGGGCGUGCCCCCAAGAUGGAGGCCAGGUAGCAACAACUGGUUUCAGAGAGAGGUGUGUGUGUGUGUGUGUGUGAGAAUGCGAGUGCUGUGCUUGUUCCUGCCCUGUAUUGUUGGAUGAGAUCCACUCAGUUUCCCCAGGUGUCCGCUUUUAGUCCUACUUUCCUCCUUAUUUUACCAUCACUUUUUUGGUCUUUAGGGAAACCACAAGGAACAGUUUCUCUGGGGACAAAGCUGUGUCUCUCCUCUUUCUGGUCAUUUCUGUUCCAGCCUCUUCAAACUGUGCAAUCUUUCAGCAGGAAUUUCCUCUCAGUAGCUUAGAGUCAGUCUUGAGCUCUGGCAGGGAGGAGGGUAGAACUGGAUCUGUUCGUAACCCUGUGAGCUUCUGUGGGUUUAGCUGUGUUUUCCUUUCCUACUUCUUACCCCAGGACUCCUUCCCCAGCAGCAGAGACCCCGGAGCACAAGAGAGUAGGGAGGAGGGGUUCUUGGUCCACCACUGCCCUACAUGUGACUGUGUCCAGGUGAAGCCCCCAACAUGUGAGAAGCAAGCUGCUAACUCCCAGCUAUAGCCAUGGGCUCUUGGCUCCCUGCAUUCCGGCCCAGCAGAGUCCCUCCCAUCAGAGAUUACGGGUACUUGCACUGGGGAGGUGGCUGCUGACUGGUCCCAGCAGAGCCGAGCCAUCCGAGAAAGAUUCCCUUGGUGUACGGUGUACGGAAAGGGUUCCAGGUGAGGGGAGCAUUCCAUGUACUGUGGCAGCACUGAGUGGGGGUGGGGGCAGCGCAGGUCCUGGGGCAGCCCCUUAUUUCUUUGCGUUCCCUCUCCCCCAAUAGCCUAUUUUCUAAAGUCGCCUUUUCUGUCAGAUAAACCUCAAAACUUUUAAUUUUAUUUGAGAUCUUUUUUUUCUUUAAAUAAGAGGUGAAUUGAAGAAUAUUUGAAUUGACUUUAUAUUAUGCAUAAAUAUUUAUAUUUUAUCUAAAUAACUGCGCUGUAACAAACUUUGUGUUAACUAUUUGAAACUGUCGGAGGUGGGGGCUCCUCUUCUUUCCCGUGGCUGUUUUCCCUGCUAUGAAAGGGCCUCGAGGAAUUGCAUUACUGGAGGAGAGGCGGAGAUUUCCCUGGAGGGGACCGGCAGUUGUCCUGCUCUGUGCCCCCCUCCCCCUAGGGACCAGGCUCUCACAGUGGGGUGAGGUCCCGGCCUCAGCUUGAAGAGGUAGGGGCUGAGGAACAGGAGUCAGUAGGGUUUGAUCCAAGGGGCCGUUUCUCACUUUUCUGUCCUCUUCACUGCCCCUUGAGCUAGGUGGAUUUUCCUCUCAACAAUUGAGAGUAUUUUAGUAGAUAAGGCAGGUUUAAAGAAGAAAACAAACUCACUCCUUCCCCAUCGUUCUGGGAACAGGAAGAAACCACAUACCACCACCAAGUUUCCAUGUUCCUUUUACAACUGAAGGGACUGACUUUUUAUAUAACCAAAUGUGGUGUUUUAGUGACUUUUUUGAUAAUGUACAGUUUUUUGUGAAUUUAAAUUUAUUUCUUUCUAUAUUUUUAGGACCAAUCUCAUUUUUAAUAAGGUUGAAAAAGGAAAAAAAAUGUCUAGAGUAAAAAAAGAAAAAAAACUCCUGUUUUUGCCAUGUGACGUUCCACAAGUGCAGCUGUAGAGAAGUGCUUGUCAGUUGAAUAAAAACCACAUUUGAUAGAGA